UGCUUAGGCUAUUAAUAUAAGUAAUUAAGAGUAAUGCAAAUCGCAGGGAAAUUAGUCGCGGCUAUAGUAGCCACGUCGCGGUUACAAGCUUUGCCCAAGUGCUUUGCUCACAGGAACCAUUGCCAAACAGUACUAGUACCGGUGGUACUAGCCCCACACGACGUGUUCAUAAGCCACCGGGGGCCCGAAACCAGAAGAAACAUUGCUGGUUUACUCCACGACCACCUUCUCAGGCGGGGGCAUAGGCCUUUCAUCGACUACCGAAACUUGAAAGCUGGUGACAAAUUGUCCGAAAAGAUUGAUACCGCCAUUCGAGAUUGUAAAGUCGGUGUCUUAGUGUUCUCGCCAAGAUAUUGUGAGUCCUCCUAUUGUCUGCAGGAACUGGCUCUGUUAAUGGAAUACAAGAAAAGAGUUAUACCCAUCUUGUAUAAUGUCAAACCGUCCCAGCUUCGGGUUGGGGACAUAUCCAGUGGACCUUGUGUUUCAGAGACAGAGCUUGAGAGAUUCAGCAGAGCACUUGAAGAAGCUAAAAAUAUCGUUGGGCUUCGCUUUGAUUCAUCAAGAGGAUAUUGGUCAGAGUUCCUACAAAGUGCUUCUGAUGCCAUCAUAGAGCAGAUCGAUACAUCUUCUGAUAAUGAAACUGCAUUUAUUACUUUCUCUACAUCGAUUACUGAGCAUAUUGAGAAGAAUAAACUAUGUGCUAAUGACAGCAUAGGCUUAUGUAAUACUGAUUCUAAUGUUGCCACAAAAGUGUAUGAUCAUGAAUUAAGCGUGCAGGAAGCAUAUAAGGAACUAUGUGAAGAAUUCGUGAAAUUUCAGAAAGUAAAUAAAAAGCUGUACAAAAACUUAACCACCAUGAAGAAUGAGAAGAAUAAUUUGGUGGAAGCACUAAAGCUGACAGAACUGGAAGUGACAAAACUGUGCGAAUAG